AUGCAGGCCUGGGGUUCUGUCUUCAAGUAAAUUCCCAGUGCUCAGUUGCCUGAGGGCAGCAGUGCGAUUCCAAAGAUGGAGAAUUUCUUUUCUCUGAGAAGCACUGGUACCACCUGGCUGAGCUCCAGUCCCACCUCCUGGGUGAUUGAUACCAUCAUUGCUUUCCUGUGUGGACUUGGGCUGUUUCUUCUGUUGCUCCCCUGCUUUCAGAGUAAUCAGCCCUUACCACCAGCUAGGAAAUAUAUAAACACCAGGAAGCAUCAAGUGGAGCUGAGGAAGAGGAACAGGAGUAAGAAGAAAAGUGGAGCUUUGAAAGCUUGCAGAAAUUGCCUGAAAGAACUGGAGGGAGCUCGCAGCCUGAUUUCACUUCUGCAAGGCUGCCUGGAGAGGCUCCCUGACAAGGGUGGCUUUCAUCAGCUCUUAUGUCAAGAUCCCCCUGGUGAGGUAUACAAAGCAGCGCCUACUGGAGCCCACCUGCCAUGUGGGGAGACUGUGGAUGAUGCCGCUCCUGCUAUGUCCUUGUUGGCUACCCCAGUUCCUCUGACCCAGUGCCCUCUAUUUCUUGGCCCAACGACCUCUUCAGUUUCUGUUCAUUCCCACUCAUCUCUGAGUGCUUCUUGGCCACUGGAGCCUUUUCUUCCCCUGGACAGCCUUUUACCACAGCCACUCGCUCUUUCCCCUCCCCCUCCAUGUCCAUUUAAUUCAGAGGCCUGCCCUCCACCCCUGACAGCCUCUUCUGCCCCACAACCUCCAGACUCCAUUCUGACUCUUUCUCAGUGUGACUCAAUGGAACUCCCACUGGACACCAUUACACAGAGAUCAUCUCACACCCCAUGGUCAGCUUCUCCUGACCCAGUCACCUUAGGCCUUGGCCACUCAAGCUGUCCCAUUUCAGCCUUGUCCUGGUGGCAAACUGCUGCCAAAGCCUUGUGUCUCUCAACUUCAACAGAUUAUGAGUCUCAGCAAGAACACCUUUUCCACCACUCAUUAGAGGCCUCAUUCUGGGGAAAUCCUACUGACAGACAAGUAGGAGAUGCUAAUCCCUCUUUGUUCAGCUCUGAUGACCAGAAGUUCCUGGAGAUAGAAGUCACAAAGGGAGUCAAGAUCAACAUUUGGAAAGAAAAAGAAAAAGAUGGAUCAUAUCCACAACAAAUGAGCCCAGACUACCACCUGAAUUCUUUGGGGAGUAUGUUGAAAUCAUUGGGUGCUGAGCCGAGCACCACAAGCCCCCAACACUUCUGGAACACAAAAAGCAAACCACAGCAGUUGCCUGAUCCUCAGCAGCUCUCAUAUCCUAAGGUCUUGGGGCACCCUUUACAACAUAAAUAUAAUCAGCUCUUUUGGGGUCUUCCCUCUCUACACAGUGAAUCUCUGGUUGCUACUGCCUGGAUCUCUGAGAGCUCUUCAGCACUACAGUCUCCUUUCUUAUUCAAUGGAAUCUCAAAUACCUGCCCAGUUCAAAUGCAGGCUAAAUCACUGCUUUCCCAAUCCAAGCCCCUGUCCCAAUUGGAGUUCCAGUCUCAACCCUUGUCAACCACACCUCAAUUCCAACCCCCACCUCUGGCUCAGAUUCUGACCCAGGAGCAUCUCCAAUCUUCUCUUCCAAUCUUAUCACCUUCUUCUUCACCUCAAAUUAUGGCCUGCAAAAUAUCUAGCCCUACAGCCCAGGAUAAGUCACAAUUUCUCAUCCCAACUGAGAUUCAACAUCCAGAAUGGCCAUUGCUGCAGGAGCAAUUAGAAAGUGGGUGGGCUUUAUCCUCUGUAAUCAAAGGAUCUCAAGAAGUCUUUAGUGUCUUCACUUCCAACCUUCCUGAAGACAGCCUGGUUGUCUCUAUUCUUCCUGAGAAUUUUCCAAUCAGUCCUGAGCUCCGUAAACAACUGGAGCAACACCUACAAAAGUGGCUCAUUCAACACCGUUGGGAGCUUCCCCGUAAGAUCCAAGAGUCUCUGGAACUAAGACAACUUCAGGGUGAAUUACCAGGGACAUGUCAGGCAAAGGGCAAGCAUCGACCCUCACAGCCCUCUGCAUUUAUAGGUAAAAGCAGCAAGGAUACACAGAAAGUAGGAUUCCAAAUGAGCCAGGGAAUGGGCAAGGGCCUGGGAUAUAUUUUGGGGAAGGUCCCAAAAGAAUUCUCCAGGAAUGCAGAAAGCUCCCUAAUGAGGUUUCAGGGAGUAGGCUCUGAAGAAUCAGAAAGUGACGUGGGGCUGUCAAAGAGUGACUCAGAAAGUGACUUACUAAGGAGCUUAGAUAAGAAUCUAGAAAACAUCUUGAAAGGUCAUUUGGGCAGGAAAUUGGGGCAUGUCAGUGAGGGUUUAAUCCCUGAGAGUGCACACCAAUCCUGGCUUGCUGUCAACCGUGCUUCUCCAAUGUCCAACACUAAAAUGGAAACCAGAAAUCCAGGAAUCUUGAAGGGUUGGAGACCAUAUGUGAACACAACUCACAGGGUUUCCUUCCUUGAUCCAGACAUUCGAGAAGGGCUGGAAGCACAUAUCAAAAGAUUUUGGGUGAGGCACAGGUGGGGUCUACUCCUUAAGAUCCUCAAACCUGUUAAUCUCUUAAAGUUGAAAAAGGUUCAACCUUUGCCCGUUCUGCAGUUUUCCUUUACCCCCUCAGCCACCUGUGUGUCUGGGUCCCCCUCAAUAGUCAAGUUUGCCGAAUUUCUGGGAAAACCUCCUAAGGCAUGUCUGGGAAAGAAUGCAAUAACAGAAGAGUCAGCUGCUACCCUGAAAAGGCCUUUCCUUGCCUCUUCACCUAUGUAUGGAGAAAUCCGGACAGGGCUGGGAGGGAUCCCAUCUGGUGACAACCAGGGGCCCUCAAAAGCCUCUCUGAUUGGGCAGGAAGACAGGCAACCUUCUCAGUCACUCACACUCAAGUUAAGGGGCAGAACUUGGCAGAGUGGUUCUGCAGAAUGCACUGAGAAGAGCAGCCUAGAGCUGAGUCCCAGUUCAGCAAUGGCCAGGAAUGAGCCAAGAGAGGAAAGUGGGGAUUGGACCUCACAAGUCCCCUGCCAUAGGGUAGCAAUGCUGGAUAUGAACUUAGGAUCCCAAUAUUAUAGGGAUGAAAAGGCCAGGGAGAUAGUGGAGGCCAAGGAAUCUCCUGGUCUCCAACCACAGUCUGGAGAGUCAAGCCUAAAUGCAGAGGUUAGUGAAUUUAAGUCCAGAGUGAAGAUAAAGUCAGAGAACCAGCCUCAAGACUGUCCUACACACAUGCUCUUUGAUGCAGACAACUUGGCUUCUCAGGUGCCACACUAUCAUCUCCAGAGAGUGCCUACUGAAGACAAGAUGUUAUAUGGCUUCAUGGUGGACCAAAGGAACUGCCUAAAGCAGCAAGAACCCAUGAUCUCUAAACUUCGGGACUCAUGGAAGAGCCAUAGAAAGAUGACUGACCCUACUUAUAAAAGAGAGGACUGUAGGAGACUCAACUCAGGAAAGAAUGAAGAACAGUUUGAGGCAUUGGGGACCUCUCAAGCUGAGUGCCUGAGUCACUCUGCCCCAAUUAGGAGAAUAGUAGACUCUGUUAGGAGCAGAUGUAUCCAGCUCCUGCCAGAGAAGAAACAGGGUCCUUCCGAAAGCCUCUUCAGAAAAAGAGUAAGGCGCUUUUUUCAGUGGAUUUUCCCCAAUAAAAAAGUCAAAGGUCAGAAUGUUUUGCAAAAAUGUAGGCCAAUAACAGCCUCUGCCCAGAGCCAAGGACCAGUCAAAAGCAGGUCAAUUAUGGCCAGUGAGACUCCCGAGGCUCAGGCACUCAUGACAGCUGUUGGACAGAUUCUAGAAGAGAAAAUGGCAAUUCACCAUGGACUUCAUGCCACAAAGUUAAAUGAGCACAAACAGGAACUCCAAGCACCAGUAUGUGGGUGUUUCUGCUACCACAGGCUUCCCUGCUACCCAGAACAAGGGAGAAUAAUGAAUUUUACAGCCCAUGGUCACCAAGCCUCCUCCAAGGGCCAGAGAAGCUCUAUCAGGGAAAGGCAGGUCAAACAUCGACAGACCUUAAAAAGUGUAAGAUUCAAGGAUGAGCAGCUGGGGAGCAACUUCUCAUCCUUGCCUUCCAAGAAGACUCUGUCUCCAGUCAGUCCCUGCCAGUAUGGGCCAAGGAUGCCAAGUGUCCCAGGCCACCAUCAUCACUGCCCACGGCAUUGUCUUAUUCAGGGACAGAUCUUGUCUAGUCAAUUAUAAAAUGCUUCUUUAGCCCUUCCUAGUAGGAAAACGUCUCCAAGAAGAAAAUUAGUCCAUGUGGAGAAAAUAUUUUUUCUCCUUAGCACAUCCAAAUACUUAAUAUUCCCUAAUAUAUAUGUUUUACCAGAAGAGGGUAGUAUGGUUGCUUUUGUUUGCGCUAUGCUUGGUGUAUGCUUUGGCCUCUAGAAGGGAGGGGUAUGAAGAGUGUUUGGCAGUGCGUAUUGUAGGCUUGCACCUUAUCCUGAAUUCUUUCAUUACACAUUGUUUUCAUGAUACUGUCAUUAUACAAACAAAAACUACUCCAAAAAGAUGAGAAAUACCUAUGAAGGCAUUACCCCAAGAUCUGUUCAACUUAUCUUUCUCCUGCUUCUGUUCUACUUUGAAUUUUAUACAGCUAUAGUGGGUAAGUUUACAGAGGCAUCAGAGGGCUGGACUUUACCACUCAGGCUCCAGCAAGUGUCAGAACCAAGUGGGUUGAAGUUUAGAAGAGGCUACUGAGCCUUAAGUUCAGAAGCAGAAGAAAUCUUGUCGACACUUGAAUCUCUUGGUGAAGAAUAGAUGAUAUAUACUCUUGAGAACCCCUUCUCUCUCUGAUGAGAGAUAGGCCCUAUGAACCCCUCUUAGCUUAGCUUUAAUGAAAUGUACAGUGUCACCUUCAACCUCUGCCUUUCAUGUACUUUUAAUGAUGAAGAUGACACUUCCAGCUCUAUGUGUGUGUGUAAGUAGGGGAUCAUCAGGGAGGUUGCUGAGGGCUGUGUUCACCUCUAACCUAAAUGAAUAUUCAAGAGUCAUAUACUUUCCCUCUGUUCCUUCUAACAGAGAAGGAGUUCUGGGUUAAUGGAACAGGAGUGUUUGUGUGUAGUAAUUAUUUUAUGGAUGAACACUGUGGGAUGUGGGAGACAAAUUGGGAAUGUUGGACCCAAAGAAGAAGACAAAGUGGCACAUUGUGCCCAUAGUGUGCAGUGAAUGAAGAGCCCCUUGAUAGUCCGUCUAUAGGUCCGGAGAGAAGAAAAAGUUAAGGACCCACUGUGUCACCAUACCCAUUAGGGCCUCCACCCUGCUCCAGCUCUAAGAUCACAGACCUAGAAAAGCCACCUUAAGUCCAAAAUAGAUGGCCAAAUUUGUAGAUGUAAAGCAAAUCAGGGAAGGUUAAUCUAAUAACAUAUUUAAUAAGCUUACACACCAUCACCUCCUGAAUUCUAGAAUGGAUGACUUAAUAAUAGGUGGAAAGGUCAGGACUAGGAAAUCUUGGGAUGUGACUCCCAGUAUGGUGACCUUUACUUAAAACCAUGGCCUAAAGACUGCUCUUCAAGGAGUGGUGGGGACUUAAAAGGCCCAGAGAAUGGCCUGUAAUCAUGUAGUAAGUAUUAUCUGGCUCCAAGUUCCUGCUUUCUCCUGAGCCCAGCAGAAGAAGCCUUCAGACAGGAUUUAUCAAAGGGAGUUGGGGAGAGCAUGUAGGUGACCCAAAAUUGGAAGUGCAGUCCAGGAGUAGUCUACUGUUUUUUCCACAUCUACCACAGUCUUCCUCCUCCCCUGGCCUCUAUCCAUAUGGGAAAUCAGGGAACUGAGAAAUUUGUCCAGAGUUAAUCUGUGCUUUGUGCCACACAUGGUACACAAUGUACAUAGCUGCAGAGGGCAUCAUUCCCAUGGUAGAGAGUGUUGUUCCAGGAGAUAUCCCUGAUCUAGAGGACAAUAGGAAUGGACCCUAUCCCCCAUGCCUGUCAGGAAGCCCAACAUUUGGGACUGGGACCUGGGGUGGUGGAGCAGAUUGGGUAUAAGCCUGCUUGUGUCGCUGGUUUCUCCUUGAAACCAGAUCUUGCUUUUGGGCCCCAUUUCCUGAGGCAGCCUCCAGAGUAGAUCCAGCAGUAAAAACAGGGCCAAGACCUGUGGGAAGGGAGUACCCUGGGGCUCUUGGGAUCUCAGGGGAGGGUGGUAUAGAGUGGGAACCUUGAGCCUGGUGCUGUUAGGUCCUCUAGGGGCACUGAGAGAUGAGUUCUGGGACUGGAGUGGGGGCUAGAUGUGGACAUGGCCCCUGCCAGAAGUGCCACAGACAGGGAUGCUGAUGGAUCAGCAAAAAAAAAGAAACAAGUGCCUUUGCCCUUUUGUGGCUCAGAUUUCCAUAAGGUGCAGUAAGGCCAGAAAUGGAGACACACAGAUAUACCUCCCAACAGAGAUAACAUAUAGAUCUUAUAGAAACAACUUUUAACAGAGAUCUCUCAGAUAGACACCUUCCACAGUGGAUAUCAUUUGCCCCAGUGACCUCACACUGAGACCUCACAUAGGGAGCUCAUGUUGCCCCACAGAUCCUCAGACAGAAACCUAGCACAGAUUUCACAGACUUUCCAGAGACCUGAUGGCAAACCUCUCAGAGACAUCCCAAAGGUACCUUCCAUACAAACCUCACACAGAGACCAACACUCAGAGACCUCAUGUAGCCUCAGAGAGACUCACACAGAAACCUCACAGAGAGACUUCAUCUACACACAGUACACAGUGAUCAUCUACUGCCUCACAGAGACUUCACAUUGAGACCUUACAUAGAUAACCCACAGAGAUUCGACACACAGACCUCACAGAGACCUCACAUCCAUUUUUCAGAAUCUUAAGCAGGCAACCAUUGACAAGUCCUUCUUGGUGAAUAUGAAACCACUUAUCAAACUGGCAGCACAAGAGGGAUUGUCAGUUGUGCCCUCUUGAGAGCCUUAAAACAUUGUCAAUAUUACACUAAUUGGGGUUCUCUGGGGAAAUGUUUGGGAAUUUUUGUAUUUUUAUAAUAUUAUUGGCUCUGAACAAAAAAUUACCCAUUCUACAUAUAGAUUUGCAAAAUUAAUUUCUACAAGUGUUCAUUAACUUGAGAAUGAAAAAUUUUAAAUGCAACUAAAACAGUCUCCAAUGAAAGAAAAUAUCUUAUUUGUCCAGUUUUAGUUAUUAUCCAGCUAAAUGGUGUCACUGUCACAUUUUCUUUAUUCCCUUGGGGACAAGGCCUGAACUAGAAAUGGCUUAUUUAUUUAUUUUGGAAAUAUAAUAAACACCUGUAACAAAUGGACUCUAGAAAUGAAAUAAACCAGAAAAGACACAUCUGGACUCACACUUGCCUUCCAGAGGUCUGUGUAACUAACAUAUUAGUUUGCACUUAACAGUUUGCAUUACGUUUAUGGGGUUUUAUUUUUUAACAAGUUAAUAAUAACAAGGAUUUUUCACAUAUAAGUCAAAUUCCUGGUACUAUUCCUAUUAUAUCAUCUAGCAAAAUUAUACUUCUGAAUAUUAUUUUAUUCCCUCAAAUUUAGUACUCUUUUUACUGUUAUAUUAUUAUAGUUAAUAAUUAACAUAGUCAAAAUAACAAGCUAUUGAGAGGGAUUAAUUUUUAAUUCUGUGAAAUUCACAUUUUCUAAGACAGGCAGUCAAGAUCCACUUUAUAUUAUUACAGGGCUAACAAGGAACACAUUUCUUAAAAUGAAUUUGAAAUACUACAAAAUAUAUGUCUACUUUUGAGCUGUACGAUGGUCUAAUAAAAUUACUGAGAAAGACGUCAAUAUAUCCAUCUGAAUUGUUAGUCAUUUAAUCAAUAUUUAUAUUAUAAUAAAUAAUGAAAAGCCUCACAUAUAUCCAGCACUUUCCAAAGGGUGGAUUGCAAUGAGACUACAUAUUUCUCACUGUUUACAUAUUUCUCACUCAAUACAACCUAUUGUCCUUGAUAAAGUUUCAAUGACUACUGUCAAGCAUUAGUCACUGGUUAAGUCUCUCAGAUUUUCCAUUGAGAUGAUGACAUCAUAGUAUAUUCCUUCUCUAAGAGGUGCAGGGCUGAUAUAAGAGCAGUUUUGGCUUAUUUCACCAAGAAAUUCACUUUUUAUUUAUAAUUAAAUAAUUUAUAACUAAUUUAUAACUAUUAAUUUUUCAACUUUAUUCCUUUAUGAUGUUAUUGAAUCAUAAAAUGGUGGAAUGUGGUCAUGGAUGUCAUCUAAUAUUCUAUCAAAUCAUCUUUUACAGUGCAAGUUACACAGAUAAAUUUAUUGAUCAGAACAAAAUGGGUUCAAUUAGGAAAAGUUUAUAGUGGAAGAUAUCUUUUUCAAGUUCACUAUUUUAACCAUGUUAAAAUAAGUGAUAUUCUUUAGUCUUUUGAAUUAAAAUUGUUCAGAGUGGCCAAAAAGUCUGGAAACAUGAGAAAUGUCCAUAACAAGUAGUUUGUUGCUAUAUCAUGUUGAAUGUGUUGUUCUUCACUAACAAUUCACAGUUCAAUACGCUGUGCAAAAUUACAAUGAACAAUACGCAUUAAAGAAACGUUUGCAUCAGUCAUUGCACAUUCAUCUGUCAUAUGUUGCUUCAGAUUUGUGUGUUUUCAUGGAAUAAACUUGCACAUUUCCUAAGAAUAAGAAAUCAAGGGGGAAUCAAUCUAUUUAAAAUAUAUUAAGUUUUCCAGACUCCAUGGCCAGCUUUUAUUUUUAGUAAUAUUCACCUAUCUUAAAUUUUUUAACAAGUUUUGCCAUUUAUAUAUUUCCAGAAGAAAUGGAUAUCAAAAAUUAGAGAAAACAACAAAAAGAGAUCCCUUUUAUUUUCAAUAAAUUUUACAUCAAACAUUUUGCUGAAAAUGAAGUGAUCCUUAAUCUAUAGAUGACAUACUUUUUACAUGAUAAUUUAUAUUAUAAAUUUGGAUUUACAGUAAAUUUUUUUGUAUAUUUUUUAUUGGAGUUCGAUUUGCCAACGUAUAGUAUAACACCCAGUGCUCAUCCUGU